AUGGCCCCGCUGGGGACGUCGCUUCUGUCGCUUCUCUUCAACCUCAGGUGCUCAGAGCUCCCGGCGGACCUGGGCGGCUCCAGGAGGAGGGAGGUGUGGAGGAGGUCACCAGAAUUCCACGGUUGUGGAGUGUGGAUCCAGAUCCAAACCUUCUCCUUUGUUUCCAGGUCCCAUUGUGCGAGGCCAGCUCUCCAGGCAGCUCUCCAGGCACUGCAGCCUUCCAGGAAGCUCCUGGCUCAGCCUUCCCGUUCCCGAGCCUUCAGAACCGGAGCAGAGCCCCAAAAAACCCAUGUCCUCUUCCGAGCCCAUCCUGGACCUCAAGGGAGACACGGCAGAAGCACUUCCAGAGAACCUGGGAGGAGCAGGGGAUCAGAGCUCCUGCCCGCCAAGGGACACUCCAGGGAAUGGACAAUCCAUGGAGCACACGGAACCAACGCCAGCAGCCCUCGAGGACGCUGCGGAGCCGAAGGAGAACCCUGGGACGAGGCAGGACCCGUCCAACCCCGGGAAUUCUCUUGGAACCUCCAGCCCUGCGGAGCCCAUCCCAGCCCCACCAGCUCCCCGCCAUGGCCAGCGGCUCCCGAGGAACCCCCGGCGCGCCCCAACACCCUGGACUUCUCCAAAGGUGGGAAGGAGCUGGAGGAGGCGAGGCAGGCGGGGCAGCGGCGCGGCAGCGACCGGGCCACGGUCAAGGAGAACGGCGUGGAGGCCACUCCGGCCACCAGCACGGCCAGCAGCGAGGAGCGCCGGGCUCUGCAGUCCGAGCUGGGCAAGUGCAUCGAGGAAUUCCGCAGGAUCAAGAUCCCGCAGGCCUUUCCCAACAAGAAGCGGCAGUGGCAGAGCGAGCUGCUGAAGAAGUACCAGCUGUGAGAGCAGAUCCCACUCCCGUCCUGUCGGGAAUGGGGCUCUCCAGGCGGCCGGGUGGCUGCUCCAGCCGUGGCACAGGCUGUCCACGCUCCCGAAAUGAGGAGCAGAGGUGGCUGAUGAAGCCCAGGCAGAUGUUGACAGGGUCACAAGCCUGUUCCCACCGCGGUCAUCGAGGGGAUGCUCAGUGGCGCAGGCACAGCUGAAGGGGGUCGGACAAGGAAGGAUGUCCAGGGUGAUGUUUGGGAGCGGCAGAAAUUCCCACAUUUCUGAGACUGAGUUCCCCUGGUGUUUCAAACAAUAAAAUCGAGUUGGUGUC